CAGUGAGUGAGAUAGAUACGAAUAUCAUCAUCAUCAUCAUCAUCAUCAUAAUCAUCCAGCUUUCGCUAUCGCUAUCAUGUAUUCUUUCAAAGCCAUCACCCUAUUGAGCACGCUGCUUCUGGCUGGGGUUGGGAGUGCGAGGUUGAGUACGACUAUCGGUCUAGAGACAGACGAAGGCAGCCACUCGGUUCAGAUCCCCUUCGAUGACUGUACUCAGGUUGGACAGUUUGAAGUUCGAGGCGUGUUCCUCUCCAAGAGGUGUCGUCUUUUCACCGGAGUAGGCUGCACCGGACGAAACACCCUCCUGCAGCCUGGUGAACAUACCUCGUCGGAGCCGGUUUAUGUCGAUAGUGUGCUGUGCUACCCGUGA